AUGGCGGACCUCAACCCUCCCAAAACCGCCGUUCAGGACCAGGAUAUCAAUCCUUGGUCAGUCGAGGGAGCUCAGGGUGAGAAUGGUGAAGUUGCUGCCAUUGACUACGACGCCAUCUGCUCGAAGUGGAAUACCUCAAAGAUCGACCACGCGCUUCUCGAGCGAUUCGAACAGGUGACUGGCAAGAAGCCUCAUCGCUGGUUACGACGCGGCCUCUUUUUCAGCCACCGCGACUUCGACAAGAUCCUUACAAAGUACGAGCACGGCGAGCCCUUCUUCCUCUAUACUGGUCGAGGACCUAGUACUGGCAGUCUUCACCUUGGUCACACGAUUCCCCUCGAGUUCACAAAGUGGCUGCAGGAUGUCUUUGACGUGCCAUUGGUUUUCAUGUUGACGGAUGAUGAGAAGGCUUUAUUCAAAGACAGCUUGUCAUUCGAGGACACCCACAAAUACGCUCUGGAGAACGCCAAAGAUAUCAUUGCCCUUGGCUUUGAUGAGAAGAAGACCUUCAUUUACAGUGAUCUCGAGUAUCUGAGCCACCACUUCCUUACGAACGCCUAUGAGUUUUCCAAGCUGGUGACCUUCAACCAGGUCCGUGGAGCCUUUGGCUUCGACGGGAGCGCCAACAUCGGCAAGAUCUUCUUUCCAGCUGUGCAGUGUAGCGCUGCUUUCGCUACAUCCUACCCCGAGAUCUGGUCUGAUGACCCUUCUCCCGUUCGCACCAAGGCACUGGGCAAGAUCCAGUGCCUUAUCCCCAUGGGCAUUGACCAAGACCCCUAUUUCAGGCUCAUCCGCGACAACGCCCACAGGAUGAAGAACCCGUCGCCGAAGCCUGCUUUGAUCCAUUCCAAAUUUCUCACCGCGCUGCAGGGUGCCGGUGGCAAGAUGUCAUCCUCAAACCCCAACUCAGCCAUCUUUAUGACCGAUACAGCGAAGCAGAUCAAGAACAAGAUCAACAAAUUUGCCUUCAGUGGUGGCCGCGAGACGCUUGAAGAGCAUCGCGAGAAGGGAGGAAACCCCGACGUAGAUGUGGCCUACAUCUACCUCACUUAUUUCGAGGAUGACGACGAGAAGCUACAAAAGAUCUACGACGACUACAAGAGCGGCACUCUUCUCACUGGAGAGUUGAAGAAGAUGGCAAUUGAGGCCCUGCAGUCUGUUGUAGAUACCUUCCAAGACCGAAGGAAAGCUGUCACCGAUGAGGUCCUCAGGUCGUAUAUGAAGCCUCGAAAACUUCAGUGGGGUGGAAACCCAAGCCCCAAGCCUAAAGAGUCGAAGCCAAAGGGGGAAACGAAGAAAGAGAAUGUCGACAACAAGACCGAGUUGCCUGACCGUACUACAGAGAAGUCGGCCUAG